AUGGAUGGAGUUAUAACGGAUCAUAGUGAUUCCGAUUCUGGUGAAAGUUGGACCAUCUUGGAGCAUUCGCCGCAGGACUCUCAAGAUGUACCAGAUUUUACUAAAGAUUCAACUCAAAGGGUACUAUGUAAUGAAAAGGAUGAAGAUACUGAUGGAAUAUCAAUUAUAAGCGACAGUGACCAUGAUAACUCUAUACUACUCACAAAUAUAGAUGAGAUACGCCUCAAUGAACAAGAAAUAUCAGCAGAGAAUCACAUGUCUUCACAUAUAGCAGUUUCACCUCAGCACUCAACUUUAGAAGAGAAAGACAACUUGAUUUUACCAUCUAAGCCAACAAUCUUGAAUGAUUCCGAUAACAAUUCACAACACAAAUCUCAAAUCAAGAAAGUUUCAUACGCAGAUUCUGUCAAAUUAGAACAAAAAAAUAAACUUCAAAAAGAAGAAAUUGAGAAAAAAAUAGAAAAAGAACAUUAUGAAAGUAGGAAGAAGAGGAUGAAAAAGCAUAUUGAACCAAGCCUGGAGAAUGUGGUGAGCGAGGAAGAAAUAAAAAAAGAUGACAGAUAUAAUUGUCAUAAGUGCAAAAACAAUAGGAAGAAGACUGAGAAAUGGCGUAAAAAGCAACUAAGGAGAACCAAAUAUGAUCGAUUUGAGAUCAAUGACCAACUCAAAAUUUUUGAUGAAAAUAAAAAAUUACAAGAAAACGAAAGUAAUGGUGAGAACUCACAUCAUAUUAGCAAUGUUAAUUUAAGUUAUAAAACCGAGAGUCAGGACAAUUUAAAAAAAAACUUGGAUAAGGCAGAGAGUACACUAAAAGCAAAUGAAAAUCCUGAGAAGGAAAAAAGAAGCAGUUGGUAUGAAAAAAGGGCAGCCAUGCGAAAGGAUUCAAGAAAAGAACUAGAACUGGAACUAUUUGGUGAGCAAAAUUUGAACGAUUCCGGAUGGUACUUUCGACGUAUGAAGAGACGAGAGCAAUGUCGAGCCAAAGCUAACAAUAUCACGAAUAAGAAAGGAUCCAAGCUCAAUAUGAAUUUUAAAAUGAAAUAC